AUUAUUUUCAGAAUAAUAACUGACACAGAGAUGCUCUGCUCCGUAAAACAAAACACACAUAAGAUGACACUCUUCUUCUACUCUCUUCUCUUCCUCCUCCUCCUCCUCCUCCUCCUCCUCCGUAUCUCCGCCGCAUACCCUUCCCCGGCGACGAACUACUUCGACUCCUUCUUACCAUCUGACGCCGUGGCCCUUCUCUCCUUCAAAUCCACCGCAGAUCUCGACAACAAGCUUCUUUACUCUCUCACCGAGCCUUACGAUUACUGUCAAUGGUGCGGCGUCGAGUGCUCUCAAGAUCGCGUUGUUCGUCUUCUUCUCGACGGCGUUGGUCUCAGAGGACGUUUCUCUCCGGAGACUCUUACUCGUCUUGACCAGCUCCGCGUUCUUAACCUUGAGAAUAACUCAAUCUCUGGUUCGAUCCCUGAUCUAUCUCCUUUAACCAAUCUCAAAUCCUUAACCCUAAGCAAUAACGAGUUCUCCGGUACGCUCUCCGGUUCGAUACUCUCUCUUCGUCGGUUAGCCGAACUCGAUCUAUCGUAUAACAACUUCUCCGGUGAGAUUCCGUCGAAGAUCAACGCUCUGAGUCGACUCAGUUCUUUACAUCUCGAGUUUAAUCGAUUUAACGGUACUCUCCCGCCGUUAAAUCAUUCUUCUCUGACGUCGUUUAACGUUUCGGGUAACAAUCUCACCGGUUUAGUUCCGGUCACAACGACUCUGUUACGAUUCAACGAGUCUUCGUUCUCGUCAAACCCUGGCCUCUGCGGUGAGAUCAUUAACAAAUCUUGCGGUUCACGUUCUUCUUCUCCGUUCUUCGGUUUAACUAAACCAAACGCUACGUCAUCAUCAUCUUCUUCUUCUACUACUUCUUCGUCUCAAGCACCGGUUAGUCAAACUGAACAGAACGGUGAAGCGACGAUGACUAAUCCUCCACCGGUGGUUAAAAAGGUUAAAAAUGGUUGGUUAGUUCUCGGUUUCACCAUUGGUCUCGCUUCUUUGAUAGUUCUAGGUCUCUGCCUCGUCAUGUUCUCGUUAGUUAUGAAGAACCGGAGAGACGACGACGAUGACGUGAUGAUAACGCAACCGUCAACAGUUACAGAACCUCUCAAAUCUCAGAAACGUGAAGAAGUGAACAAAGAAAUCAAUAUCCAUUUCCAAGAGCCCUCGCCGCAAAAGCGAAUCCCUAGAAACGGAGAUUUGGUUUUCUGCGGGGACGUUGAAGGAGGAGGAGAAGCUAUGUACACACUUGACCAGCUGAUGAGAGCUUCCGCGGAGCUACUAGGUAGAGGAUCAGUAGGGACUACGUAUAAGGCUGUGAUGGUUAAUCAACUGAUCGUUACGGUUAAGAGAUUUGCUCCGUCUAAAACAGCGAUUACUAGUGAUUUAGCGUUUGAGAAUCAGAUGGAGAUAGUUGGUGGACUAAGGCAUCCGAAUCUUGUGCCGGUUAAAGCUUAUUUCCAGUCUAAUGGAGAAAGACUUGUCAUCUACGAUUACCAAUCUAAUGGUAGUCUCUUCAAUCUUAUUCACGGUUCAAGAACAUCAAAGGCAAAGCCAUUACAUUGGACAUCAUGUUUGAAGAUAGCAGAAGAUGUAGCUCAAGCGUUACAUUACAUUCACCAAUCGUCUGCACAAUUCCAUGGAAACCUCAAGUCCACAAAUAUCCUCCUUGGUCACGACUUCCAAGCUUGUCUUACAGAUUACUGUCUAGGUGUCUUAACAGACUCAUCAGUCCUUCCUAAUGACCCGGAUCUCUCUUCCUACAAAGCACCAGAGAUAAGGAAAUCAACAGAGAGUCGUCCCACGUCCAAAUGCGAUGUAUACUCGUUCGGUGUCUUCCUCAUUGAGCUCUUGACUGGUAAAACCGCUUCAAGGCAACCGUUUAUGGAGCCAGAAGAUAUGUUGGAUUGGGUUAGAGCAAUGAGGCAAGAAGAGGAAAGGUCAAAAGAAGAGAAUGGGCUUGAGAUGAUGACUCAAACGGCUUGUCUUUGUCGAGUGACAUCGUCGGAGCAAAGGCCUACGAUGAAAAAAGUGAUCAAAAUGAUUCAAGAGAUUAAGGAGAGCGUUGUGAUGAGUGAAGAUAACGAUAAAUUCCUCUGAUACUGUGAUACAUGUAUGUGUGUUUUUGAAGGGUUCCAAACUUGGGAGAAUAGUAUAAGUGUAGAUUUUCUUAAGAUGGGGAGGGGAUAUAUCCUCAAAUUUAGAAAGGUUAUGUUUGUUUAAGAAACUUGGAAAGAACUCAAAUUUUGGGCGGUGGAGCUAACGUAAAUCACGAACAUGGUAAACC